CUUGGUGGAGGUGCAGGUGCAGCUAAACCGCAAGCAAAGCAGGAAGGAAGUUGUCUUCAGACGUGCAAGACCCCAAAAAAGCCUGGUGAUGGUGAAACUUCAAGAGGCUGAGUGUUCUUUAUAUUUGUAUAAGACCAUAAUCUUUCGUGUUUUCAUCGCCCUGUUCACGCACUGCAGGUAAACGUGGCAGCCUGUAUGCUCUGGCGGUCAGUCUUAUAAAUCAAAUGGUUAGAAUAAAUAACUAGGCUUUCCCCGCUCUUAAAAACGUAAUUUAUGUUCUCAAUCACUGUAAAGUUCAAUAUUUAAGUACAAAAUAUUUUGCUAGAAGUAUUGGAGAUGUAAGUAACACUAUUUUACAUGCCCAAUACACAGGAUAUCACCCUGGUGCCGAAUGUUUGAAAGUGCUCGUUAAUACAGCUGUCUGUUGGAGCUGUAUUAUUGCUGCUAGAACAGGUUGAACUCACUUAGGCAAUUGCUCAGCAAUGUGGUACAGUGUGGUGCUCAUCGAGAACGGGUUUAGUGGCUCCACCUUAUGUUCCCUGUAUCUCAACCAGCAGAACUCGUUUCAAGGUGUAGCGUGCAGAUUCAGGUGAGACUGAUCACUUGACUGGCCCCUCGCUCACCCAGGCCAGUUUAGAGCAGAUCUAGCAGGAAACUGAGUGCUGUUGAUCGCGUAUAAAUAUUAAACAGAAACAGGACCGGGGCAGGAUUUCACAGAGGAUUGCAUUGUUCACAUUUCUGAUGUCUGAAGUCACGUAAACACAGUUUCUACAAAACAGAAAGUAAAGAGUGUUAUUAGAUUAACUGGCAAACUUCCAAGUCCAUGUUUUCCCCAAAUCGUCAAACCUAUCUCAGCCUCGUGGAGUGCAGCAGAGGAGGGCAGAUCCCUUCCACACUGGGCUUUUGUUCCUGCUACGUUCCUAAUCGUUUAAAUGAAGCAAUGGAACCUCUGCCAGGUCCUACUGCAGGUCACUGCUUCGUUUUACCUGCUGGAAUAGAACAGCAGCAUCCCAGGUACGCAAAGUUGCCAUAUCAAAAAGAAAAAGGGUGACACUUACAUAAGGCAAUACUAUCAUUUCACCAGCAGAUGUCAGUAUAACACUAGGAUACUGAACAUUCACAGGCUAUUUUCAUGAUCAGUAGUGCUUAAGCUCUGUCAGCUGUACAUCUGUAACAGAGAACCUAGGAUAUUGAAUGUAGGAUCAGACCUACCGUGAGUAGAAGUCUUUUUUUUUUGGGGGGGGGGGGACUGCUCCAACCCAUGUGGCUGAAUACAGGACCUGUACGGUAGUGUGUGUUGAUGAUGAUGUCAUAGGAUUGGCGCUAGGGGGCAGCAAUAGCAUAAACCACACUUAGCUCAAAGACGUGCUUUUAUUGUGGUUGAUGUGACAUGCACAGGAUAAGACAAUGUAUUGUAUUAACAAAGCGGCUUUCAUCCACACAAGAUCUGAAGCACCGUAGAAUCGAGUCACGCUCUCCGUCUCCACCACAACACAACAGCUUUGACGAUUUGCUUAAUAAUUAAUUAUUAAAAAAAAAAAAAACGGCAGACCACAAGAUGGCAGUAUAGUUCUGUAUCGUUCAGUUUGUUGUGAGGGGUGCUUGACGUAUUCUGCUUCACGUCUGAAGAGAAUUCAGAGAACUUUACAUUACAGCCUUCACAGAAACAGAUUUCUCAUAAACAGAGCUAAACCAAGCUACACCUUUGCUAGAUAUACACACAGCAUGCAUUGGGGCGGUAUGCUAUGGAAAAUUCAUCGGUAUACAACUAGCCCUCACACCUGUACAGUAUAUAUGGAUUCAUUUAUUGAAAUGAAUGAUACUUUUCAUUGUACAAGGUUAUUGUCAUGUAAUCAGGUUGUGUUUUAGUAUUUUGCAAAUCAUUACAUUCUGUACGUUUAUGGUUGUGUGAGUGCUGAUCCUCCAACCCAACCCCAACCCCCAGCACCAUGCCACAUGUCACAGGAUCAAGAGCCUGGUUCUGGAUUGGACCCGUCUGUUAAGCAGUGAUAUCUCAGCUGGCCUGCUCUGAACAAAGGGCUUGAGUUCAAAACUAAGCAGAAGCUUUGAAAAUGAGAGCUAAUUCUCUGACCAGCUAUUCACUGCCUGUAACAAUCAAUAGGUGGUCUGUUUUUGGGAUUAACUCCAUUAGCCGAGCAGGCCAUAAGUCAAACUGACAUACGGCAGUCAAGUACAUUCUUAACUAUGAAGAAAGCCGGCGCUGAUGUGCCAGUGGGGCAGGAAACCAAACAAUAACACCAGCACAGAUCAGCAAUAAGAUGUGCGUUGGAGCUCUUAUAGCAAACAUUUGUUUUUCCUCAUCUAACGUGUCCCUUAUAAAAGUUUCUUAUUGUAAAAUCAGAGCAAAGUUUGAGCUCACACGAUUAUGUGUGUGUGUUUUUGUCAAGUCUAGCUACCCUUAUAAUAGUUUACUGUAAUAAAAGCACAGCAAAGUUGAAUAGCAUAGUUAGGAAUUGUAACGAGGUAUGGUAAAGAAUGUUAAAAAAAACAAACAUGGCAAACCAUUACAAAACUAUGGUAAAUGCAUAGUAUAACCAUAGUAAAACUGCAAAAGUACCUUGCAAAUGUGGUAAACUUUUAUAGCUUUACUCGUAUCCUAACACUUAGAAUAUGGUCAUUUCAAUUGGGCUUUCCACUGCCCAUGUCAUCCAUUGAUAGGAGACUCACAUGAGCACUAGCCUUGAAAACCUACAGUUGUAUAUACUUGUGUGUGCCUUUAUAACAGAAAAGUAUAAUAAAGCAUAGUGAAAGCAUAUGUAGUAAUUGUAAAGACCAGAGAGGUAUGGUAAAGCAUAUGGGCAAAUCAUGAUAAAUGCCUAGUACACCAUGUAAUAAGCAUGGCAAAACUGCAAAAAUACCGUGCAGAAAUACUGUGGUAAAGUUUUAUAACUGACCUGGAGGUUUUUUGCUCAGAGGAUCUUGCCCAUUCUACAGUGUCCACUUUCUUUGAUUCAAUGCAAAGGUUUGUUCAGAAAAAACCCCAGAUAUAUUUAACUACAAAAGAUUUUGCUGGAAGUAAACAGAUACAGUAUUUGAGACCAAACUGUUUAGAAAUGCAAUCCAAUGUAUCUAAAUAGCUUCACUUAGUGAAAGUCACCACUUGAAAAAAAUAAGUAAAUAAACAUGUAGCAACACUAAAUUGCAUUCCGAUUAAAUACAUGUGAAUCUUUAAAGAUGCCGUUAACACAUCGGCGUGUCAGUGUUUUAGGAGCUGUGUUGUUAUACUGAAAGAACAGAAGACGUCAGGAAGGCAGUUUCUCAGCUAAGAUACAGCAGAAUCGAAAGAGCAAUUUGUAUUACAAUUAUAUCUACAAAAAUCUUUCAGAAACCACAAUGUAAGCCUCUUCAGCAAUUACCAUCCUUUUUAUAGCUAAACAUUCCUUGAAUCUGUACAGGAUAGUCAUGAAAUCCUCACACAUAAUACACCAGGUCAACAGAGGGAACAUUGUACUAAUUCAUUUUCACUGCCUCCAAAGUGUUCGAUGUUUGUAUGUCUAAUACCCACAUCACCGUCUUUAAUGUACCACUUUAACUCUAUUAGCCAUUUCUAAACUAUGACAGUUUCUUGCUUUAGAUAUUAGAUAUUAAUCCCAUGGCCCAACACAGAGCCAGGAGUGUGUUCAUUUAAGCAUUACCAGCAUGACAGAGACAGUGUGACUGGGAGGUCAGAGUUGACGAGCGUCCGGUUUACCUUCUGAUCUCUUCCAGUUACCUGAACCAAAUCUAGAGCAGUUAGCAGACUUCACAGAAACCAGAACCCGAAUCUGAACCUGAAAAUCAGCAUCUUGGGUUUAUCAUGAUGCCGAAAGAAACAGGAAACUCAGAACCGCUUGAGGCUGUAUUAUUAUUAUUAUUAUUAUUUAUUUCUUAGCAGACGCCCUUAUCCAGGGCGACUUACAAUUGUCACAACAUAUCACAUUAUACAUUAUUUCACAUUAUACAGAUAUCACAUUAUUUUUACAUACAAUUACCCAUUUAUACAGUUGGGUUUUUACUGGAGCAAUCUAGGUAAAGUACCUUGCUCAAGGGUACAACAGCAGUGUCCCCCACUGGGGAUUGAACCCACAACCCUCCGGUCAAGAGUCCAGUGCCCUAACCACUACUCCACACGGCUGCCCUGAGUUCUUUACUCCAAAUUAUCCUACAAUAAAAUAAAUAACAGUUUUAAAAGUUCUUUAAGAUUGUACCACUGUGUUGUAUUGUAUUGUGCUGUAUACCAGAAUAUUCAACACAGGAUGUUUGAAUGUAUUCUUUGUGACAAGCACCCUUUGAAAAUCAAAGUAGGCAGCCAACAUCUUUCUUUUAAAACCCUCCAUUAAAAAUAUGCUAUUAACUUCCUUAGCUCAUAACAUUGUUUUUGUUAAGUAUAAUGUUUAACAUUGAAGUCCGCAUCAUUACAUUUCCAUGCAGUUCUGGUUUUAGCUUGCUUGCCUACAAUGCGAUGUUGAGUUUACUGCAGAUCAACUAAAAGCACCAAAGCUAAAUAUCUCAAUAGCUACGAUACUGGUUUUAUGUUUUGAUUAAGUAGCCCAAGGUUCCAUAAAACACUUCGGUUUUUAUGGCUAAACAAAGAGAAUGACUACAUUUCUCAGAGAAGCAAAGCAGUCGAAUCACUAAAUGCUAACAACUCUUACAAUGUGGAAGGCGGAGACAUGGCACACAAAGUCCAUUGAUCAUGGUAACCCCUCCUCCUUGACGUGUGGAGGCCAGUUUAAAAAGAGACUUAGCAGACCUCGGAACCAGACAACAGCGACAGCUCCAGAAACACACUGACUGCUCCCUAUCAUCCGCUUGCUGCCGUAGAGAAGAUGGUGUCUUGCCGUGCCUUGUGGGUCUUGGCUCUCCUGGGUCUUGCCAUAGCUGUCUGCAGCGUCAGUGCAGCUCCACAUCCAAACCUUCGGCUCAGGCAGCGAAAUGGGGCUACGGGGAUAGGGGCACAGGAAUCACCCAAGUACUCCUUGGAUGACCUGCUCCUGCAGCUGGCUCAGCCUGAGAGAGACGUCCUGGAGUAUGAUGAGCAGGGCGAGGCCCGGCUUGAGAGAUCCCAGGAGUUCGAGAACGACCCCAGCAUGGGCCUGCCCCCCCGGGAACGCAAAGCCGGCUGCAGAAACUUCUACUGGAAAACAUUUACAUCAUGUUAAACAUUUAAGAAAAAAAAAAACUUCUCUUAUAUCUUGUCUUAGAUCUAAAUUCUCUUGACGUGAAGUCCACAAUGUAACAAACUAGUGAAUGAAAACAAAGGCUUUGUAUUUGAUUAAUUACAGUGUCUGCAAUGCUUAGUUCAUGUUUCUGAUUAAAAAAAAUAUAUUUAAAUGGAAA